CUCCGAUCUGCUUCAAUAGACAUAUUUGUUCCCAUUAACACUGAGAACAUGGCUGUUUUUGUUUUAGUCUUACAGCCGAGAGAUGGUCAUAAGACCAGGCCUCUGCGCAGAACACACACACACACACACACUCCUGCGGGUCAUAUGAGCGACAGGGCUGACCCACACAGAGAGAGUGUGUGAGAGAGAAAGAGAAAGAGUGUAGUAAUGGAGGACUUGUUCUGGAGGGUCCGGCUCUGGGGGUCUCUGUGUGUGGGUCAGUGCUGCUGGUGUUGUGGGCGAGAAAAGGAGGUCAGGAAUGGUCAGGAGAGAGUGGAGGAGACUAGCAGUGUAGGGGCAGAGGGGCAGGAGGAGUUGGAAAUGGAGGAGAGGCCUUCGAAGAGCUGGAGUGUGUCGUCCCUGCCGGUCGCUGAGCUGGGUGAACUGGACGGGGUGGAGACUCCUCAGCCUCACUGGUUCCACACUCUGCAGGUGCGCAGGCUACGGGUGCAGAGAGGCCGCAGCAACAGCGACCCACUGGGGGGAAAAAGCUUCCAGCAGGAAUUUCAGUGGAACACGGGGCUGCAGUUUGGAACUGCCACUUCCUACCUGAACCUGGAGAAACUAGGAGAAGGAACAUACGCCACUGUUUACAAAGGAAUAAGCAGGAUUAACGGCCACUUGGUGGCACUAAAGGUGAUCCGCAUGAAGACUGAAGAAGGAGUUCCAUUCACUGCAAUCAGAGAGGCCUCUCUGUUAAAAGGCCUGAAGCAUGCUAACAUUGUGCUGCUCCAUGACAUCAUCCACACUCGCGAGUCUCUCACCUUCGUCUUUGAGUAUGUGCAAACAGACUUGUCUCAGUAUAUGAUGCAGCACCCGGGAGGACUGCACUCCUACAAUGUUCGAAUCUUUAUGUUCCAGCUGUUGCGAGGUCUGUCAUAUAUCCACAGUAGGAGGAUCCUGCAUCGAGAUCUGAAGCCUCAGAACCUGCUCAUCAGCUACCUGGGAGAACUCAAACUGGCAGACUUUGGCCUGGCCAGGUCCAAGUCCAUCCCUUGCCAAACAUAUUCAGCAGAAGUUGUGACUCUCUGGUACAGACCACCUGAUGUUCUACUGGGUUCCACAGACUACUCCACAGCACUAGACAUUUGGGGUGCCGGCUGCAUUUUUAUUGAGAUGCUGCAGGGAGCGCCAGCGUUCCCUGGUGUAGCUGAUGUCUUUGAGCAGUUGCUGAAGAUUUGGACAGUUCUGGGGGUGCCCACGGAAGAAAGCUGGCCAGGUGUGAGUGAGCUACCCAACUAUAAACCGGAAUGGUUCCUGCCCUGCAAAGCCCAGCAAUUCAGAGAUGUCUGGAAAAGACUUGCACAGUUGCCCUAUAAGACAGAAGACCUGGCCCAGCAGAUGUUGAUGAUGGUGCCCAAAGACAGGAUCUCGGCCCAGGAUGCACUGCAGCACCCCUACUUCAGUACCCUCCCACCCCCAGUGAUGCAGCUCCGGGACACUGUAUCGAUAUUUAAAGUGCCUGGUGUGAGGCUGGAAGCAGAAGCGAGGGACAUUUUCAGCCCCAGCAGGCGGACGAAACCCUCCCUGGUUCCCCUGGGGAAGUGCUGGUGAGAGGCUUCCGCUGUCCCGUGUCGACCACACGCAACAUCGCAGGACAGAAAGAGAAAAAAACAAACUGUACACUUCACACAGCAUGGCAGUCGUUGAUUUAUGUGUUGUCUUAUCGUGGAGCCCUCUUACCACCAUCACCAGUAACAAGCGUGAUCAUUACUCCUUAAAGGAACGGCGAUCCAGUGUCUCUUCUCCAGUGACUGCGUGUGGUCAGGGUUUUAUGCUUUCCUGUGGGUCAGUGGGAUGGAGUGGAGGAGAUGGCAACGUUGGAGGUACUGUAAAAUGGGUUGGCGGAAUCCUAUGGUGACUUUAUGCAAAAUGCACUUAUCAUAUUUGGUACAGUAUUUAAGUGUGAUUGUACUUGAUUUAAAUGUGCACAUCAUUUCCACAAGAAGUACAAUAUGAAUUAUAAAUCAACUGAAUUUUCUUUUAGUGAUAACUUAGAUAAUGCAACACAUUUGUAAUGUGUAAUGAUGUACACAUUUGAAAUUUGUAGGGCUUGAAUGUAAUGGAUGAGAGAGUUUUGGUGAUAAUAAAUAAUAAGAGAAAGAUAUAUACAGCUCUGGAAAAAAAUAAGAGACCACUUAAAAAUGAUGAGUUUCUUUGAUUUUACCAAAUUGAAAACCUCUGGAAUAUAAUCAAGAGGAAGAUGAAUGAUCACAAGCCAUCAAACAAAGCUGAACUGCUUGAAUUUUUGCCCCAGGAGUGGCAUAAAGUUAUCCAAAAGCAGUGUGUAAGACUGGUGGAGGAGAACAUGUCAAGAUGCAGGAAAACUGUGAUUAAAAAUCAGGGUUAUUCCACCAAAUAUUAAUUUCUGAACUUUGAAAACUUUAUGAAUAUGAACUUGUUUCCUUUGCAAGCUCUGCAUCUGAAAGCUCUGCAUCUUUUUUGUGAUUUCAGCCAUUUCUCAUUCACUGCAAAAAAAUGCUCUAAAUGACAGUAUAUUGGAGAGAGAGAAAUGUUGUCCAUAGUUUAUAGAUUAAAACAACAAUGUUUAUUUUACUCAAAUAUAUACAUAAAAAUAGCAAAAUCAAAGAAACUGAUUCAGAAACUGAAGUGGUCUCUUAUUUUUGUUCCAGAGCUGUCUACAUACGACAUAAAUAUUUUUGUGAACUGAAAAUUUGCCACUUUUGCCUGCUACUGCCAUUUACAAAUGACUCUGUCCCUCCAUGACAACAUGACAUAAAAAGUUAAUCAUUGUUGUAUAUAAACUAUUCUGCCACUUUAGUUUUCGGGUUGCCAAAUAUUCAGUGCAUUCUUUAUCAUAGCCUAGUUAAUAGUUCAGGCCAUUGUCACACUCCCAUUUUUUAGUCCGGUUAAUUUAGAAUUGGAUUUGUUUUAAUGCAAGUAUUCUGGGAGGAAGUAAAUACAACAGUGUUCGUAAGGUCAUGAAAAAACUCAAUUUAAAAAUAGCAAUUUUCAGGCCUGGAUAAGUUUUGGAAAAGUCAUGGAAGUUUGCUCUACAAAUCCUUGUGUUUCCAUUUAUCAAUGGAGGAAAUCUAUUUUUACCUAGUUAAUUUAGUAACCCUACACAAUGGAGCUCUCAGGAUCUGACACAUGUUUUAAUAUUAAACAUUGUGUACAAGAUUCAUUUUAGACAACUAUAAUCAAUUUCGAUUAUAGUUUAAGUUUAUUUUUGGUUUCAUUGUCCCAGUCUGCACUGAUGUUUUAAAAAAAGUAUGAAAAUUUGGCUUGAAGUCGGUUGUGGACCAAAACAACCGCCAGAAAAGUUGGUCUCAGUCUGGUUUCAAAUGAGCUCUGUGGUGAUAACUUUUGAAAUAUAAACUCGAUCUGAACCACCAAUCAAAUGUGUAUUUGAAUCUGGUAUAUUACCAGAUAAUUACUACAUAUAUGAACUAAAGCUGCACUCAGAACAAAGGACCUUCUUCCUGUAUUUAUUUUCCUGAUCUGCUCCAGAAACCACCAUUUGGUUUGUUUCGACACAUUUUGGUGCACUUGCAGUUUUUCUUGUCUGAAACAAACCUAGAGGGAAACUGCCCAAUGUUUAAUCAAAAUAUGAAUUAUGAAUCAGCAGAGUCUUUACUUGCUUUAAGUAUGACCAGUGGGCAAUGGUGGCUCAGUGUUUAGAGCACUGGGGUAUUGGUGAUGGCUUCCCACUGUUCCAGGCAUCACUAGUGCAAAUGUGUGUGUGUUUACUACACAAAUAAAGAUUUAAGGUGGACACUACAUGAGGUUAUGCACAUGUAUAAUAAAUAUGGCUGUCUUGUAUUGUAUUGUAAUAUCUGUAAUAAUAAAACAGACUGUAUUCAUGUGGUAAGGAUGUACAUAUUUGAAUCAUGGCAUUUGAGUUCCUUAGGGGGUGAGAGAAUAUCAACAAUAGGAAAGAGAGAAAGAAAUAUGAUUAAAAUAUGUGAAGCCUUUUACAUAAA